AUGAAGGCAAAGACCGCGAGAGGUAGAAAGAGGCGCAAAAUCCCGAGGAGGAGGAGGAGGAGGGGUUACUACUCCACGAGUCACAUCGUCCGCGAGGUCAGCCGCAUAUGCGCGGUCAAGCCGACCAAGACCUUCCGACGGCAGAUCGAGGUGGCCCUCCGUCGCGGGGUCACUUUCGGCAUUUUGGUCAAGUCGGGCAACAAGUACAAAUUCGAUCCGGAGUCGUCGGUGUCGGCGAUGAAGAGACGCUGGGGCAAAAAGUCGAUGGCAAAGAGGCAGACGCGUGUCAGGAGGCAACAGCAGCCGAGCAACAAUAGGAGGAGCCAACAGAAUCAGGGGACGAUCGUGCCGAGGCCGACGGUACCGCCACCGCCCAACUGGCAGGUGAAGCCCCGAAACCUCCUGGACGAGCCCAUCACCAAGGUCAUUAAGUCGCAACCCGAGAAAUAA